AUGGCAUUGUAUAAGGCAUUGUAUAGGAAAAAAAUGCAGAUUGCCUCUUUGCUAGAUAGAGUUGAGCAAAAGGACUAUAUUAGGACUAGAUAUUGUGGAUCAGACAACUCAAAAUUUGAGUUGGUCAGGCAAAAGCUGUUAAUGGCUCAGAGUUGGCAUAAGAGUUAUGCAGAUAGGCAUAGAAGGCCGCUAGAGUUCCUGAUGGGAGACCAUGUGUUUCUGAGGGUUACACUGGUGACGGGAAUCGGGAGGUCAAUAAGAGCCAAGAAAUUGACUCUUAGAUUUAUUGGUCCUUUCGAGAUUCUGGAGAGAAUUAGACCAAUAGCCUACAGGAUCGCUUUACCACCACAAUUAUCAAGUAUGCAUGAGGUGUUUCACAUGUCACAACUUAAGAAAUAUCAACCUGAUCCUUCACACGUGAUAGAAUCGGAGGAGAUUGAACUCCAGAAGAAUUUAACCUAUAAGGCUAAGCCAGAGCGAAUCAUAGAUGUGAAAGAGAAGUAA